AUGGCAAAUAUUGUUACGUUAAUACCUAUUCCAUGUUUACAACCCAUUCCCGUUUUUCCUCCGGCUCACUUCCACUUUAAAAUUCCUCAUCCGAUUUCUGCUAAAGUUCCAAGAUUGCCUCAAUCCGCUGGUGUCCCAACAUUACCUGAAGGAGUGUUAUUUAAAAUGCAUACAUUACCAGUAUGUACAAGUUCAAUACCAGACGGUGAUGGAAUUAACGUAUAUGUUAAUGCCUUUGAUCUGUUGGAGUCAUCCAUGGUACCUGAAGAUGUUUUCCUAACUGCAGUCGAAAUAUCUAAAGCACGUGCUAGGAAAAACUUUGGCAAGGCAAAUGAGCUUCGUCAGAAAUUAAGCGAAGUAGGAUAUCAUUUGAUAAAUCAUGAAAACAAAAAGAUACUUGCUCGAAAGUAUCGACUUCGACUAAGAGGUAUCGAUGCACCAGAGAAUGAUAUGCCAUAUGGGAAAGAAGCCAAAGAAGAGUUGAUUAAGCUGGUUUGUGGCAAGCAGUUGACAGUCCUGGUUUAUGACAUGGAUCGUUAUGGUCGUUUUGUGGCUGAUGUGUACUGUCAUGACACUUUUGUACAGGAAGUAAUGCUAAAGAAAGGGCUUGCAUGGCAUUAUGCUGCUUAUGAUGAUCGCCCUGAAUUUGCAGUUUGGGAAAAUGAAGCUCGAGCUAAGAGAAUCGGUCUUUGGGCAUCACCAAAUCCUAAGAAGCCAUGGGACUGGAGGAAGGACAGACGAGAAGGGAGAUAG